AAGAUGAUUUGACCGACAGCGGGGAGGAAGACACCCUAGUAAGCGCUGUGUUUUUCUGGUCCACUAAAAUGGCUGUUGUCGAGGAUGGGGACUAGCCUGUGAGCACUACACGCAUAUAAAUCGAGGAUUGAGAAGACUACACCGAAGUGUGGAAUAUUUAUAUUCGUUUUAUUAAAAGGUGCUGUGGUGGUGAGGGGAAGUAGCUGCAGCCAUGGACACCACCACCUCCAUUAAGAUGACCACUCUGGCCAUCCAGAACCUCUUCAGCUACGUGGAGGAGGAGAACCUGGCAGCGCUCAAGGCCCACCUGGACAAGUUCAAGGAGGUGGACGGCAGGAGUGACAAUGGUCAGACACCCCUGAUGUUGGCUUCGGAGCAGGGUAGUAUUGAGAUUGUACAGGAGCUCAUCAGGAGAGGAGCCAAUGUUAACCUGGAUGAUGUGGACUGCUGGUCUGCUCUGAUCUGUGCUGCUAAGGAAGGCCAUGUAGAGGUGGUGAAGGAGCUGUUAGAAAGCAGUGCUUACAUAGAGCACCGAGACAUGGGAGGCUGGACGGCCCUCAUGUGGGCUGCCUAUAAAGGCCGCGUGGAGGUAACCGAGGUUCUCCUUGAGAACGGAGCCAACCCCAACACUACUGGGCAGCAAUACAGUGUGUACCCCAUCAUCUGGGCAGCAGGCAGAGGUCAUGCUGAGAUCGUCCAGGUCUUGCUGGAGAACGGAGCCAAGGUCAACUGCUCUGACAAGUAUGGUACCACCCCUCUGAUCUGGGCAGCCAGGAAGGGCAAUUUUGACUGUGUGAUGCACCUGCUGGAGAAUGGAGCCGAUGUCGACCAGGAGGGGGCGAACUCGAUGACAGCUCUGAUCGUGGCAGUGAAGGGAGGUUUCCCUGAGGUGGUGAAGGAGCUUCUGAAGAGGAACCCUAACGUCAACAUGACAGACAAGGACGGCAACACAGCCCUGAUGAUCGCGGCCAAGGAGGGCUAUACUGAGAUAGUACAGGACUUGCUGGAUGCUGGCACCUACGUCAACAUACCAGACAGGAGUGGAGACACGGUGCUUAUCGGAGCAGUGAGAGGAGGACAUGUGGAGAUAGUGAGGGCUCUGCUGCACAAAUAUGCUGACAUAGACAUCAGAGGACAGGACAACAAGACAGCCCUGUACUGGGCUGUGGAGAAAGGCAACGCCACCAUGGUGAGAGAUAUCCUCCAGUGCAACCCCGACACAGAGACCUGCACCAAGGAUUUAGAGAGCCCUCUGAUCAAAGCUACUAAGAUGAGGAACAUUGACAUAGUGGAGCUUCUGCUGGACAAAGGAGCCAAGGUGUCUGCUGUGGACAAGAGAGGUGACACCCCCCUCCACAUUGCCAUCCGUGGGCGGAGCCGCAGACUGGCAGAGCUCCUCCUUCGUAACCCUAAAGAUGGCCGCCUGCUCUACAGGCCCAACAAGGCCGGCGAGACCCCCUACAACAUCGACUGCAGCCACCAGAAGAGCAUCCUCACCCAGAUCUUUGGAGCCCGACACCUGUCCCCUACUGAGUCUGAUGGGGACAUGCUGGGUUAUGACCUGUACAGCAGUGCCCUGGCUGACAUUCUCAGUGAGCCCACCAUGCAGCCACCCAUCUGUGUGGGCCUGUACGCCCAGUGGGGAAGCGGCAAGUCUUUCCUGCUCAAGAAACUGGAGGAUGAGAUGAAGACGUUUGCUGGCCAGCAGGUGGAGCCGUUGUUCCAGUUCUCCUGGCUGGUGGGGUUCAUGUCCCUGCUGCUGGGUGGUUCUGUAGCUCUGGUCCUGGGCUUCACCGUCGACCCCAAGCUGGCAAUCGCUGUCUCCCUCAGCCUGCUGGCCUUGCUCUAUGUCUGCUUCGUGGUGGUGUACUUCGGCAGUCGUCGUGAGGGUGAGAACUGGAGCUGGGCGUGGGUGAUAAGUACCCGUUUGGCCCGACACAUCGGCUACCUGGAGCUGCUACUCAAACUGAUGUUUGUCAACCCCCCUGACUUGCCAGAGCAGACCACCCGCGCUCUGCCCGUUAGGUUCUUGUUCACGGACUACAACCGUCUGUCCAGUGUGGGAGGGGAGACCAGCCUGGCAGAGAUGAUAGCCACCCUGUCUGAUGCCUGUGAGAGGGAGUUUGGCUUCAUGGCCACCCGCCUCUUCAGGGUCUUCAAGACAGAGGAAUCAAAAGGGAAGAAGAAGUGGAAGAAAACUUGCUGCGUUCCCUCCUUCGUCAUCUUCAUCUUCAUCCUGGGCUGCCUGAUCACCGGCAUGGCACUCCUCGCCGUCUUCAAGGUGGAUGGGGCCAACCAGACGGUGAACGCCGUGCUGAUCGCCAUGGCCUGCGCAGUGGGCCUGGCACUGGUGCUCAACUGCCGGACCUGGUGGCAGGUGGCCGACUCGGUGCUCAACUCUCAGAGGAAGAGGCUGCACAGCGCUGCCAACAAGAUGCACAAGCUCAAGAGCGAGGGCUUCAUGAAGGUGUUGAAGAAUGAGGUGGAGCUGAUGGCGAGGAUGGCUAAGACCAUCGAUGGCUUCACUCAGAACCAGACGCGUCUGGCUGUCAUCAUAGACGGCCUGGACUCCUGUGAACAGGACAAAGUACUGCAGAUGCUGGAUACGGUGAGAGUGCUCUUCUCCAAAGGCCCCUUCAUCUCCAUCUUCGCCAGCGACCCCCACAUCAUCAUCAAGGCCAUCAACCAGAACCUGAACAGCGUGCUCAGGGACUCCAACAUCAACGGCCAUGACUACAUGAGAAACAUCGUCCACCUGCCGGUCUUCCUCAACAGCCGGGGGUUGAGCAGCGCCAGAAAGAUGUGUGUGGCAGCGCCCGCUAACGGAGACACCGGAAACUCAGACGGUAAUCCAAACCAUUCAGACGGCUGGCAUGAGGAGCUGGACAGGAAGCUAUCCCAGCACAGCAUCGGAGAGAUGACCAAGUUUGGCAGCAAGACAACCCUGAACCGCAGGGACACGUACCGGCGACGUCAGAUGCAGAGGACUGUGACACGGCAGAUGUCCUUUGACCUGAGCAAGCUGCUGGUGACAGAAGACUGGUUCAGUGACAUCAGCCCCCAGACCAUGAGGAGGCUGCUCAACAUCGUGUCUGUCACAGGUCGUUUGCUGAGGGCAAAUCAGAUUAUGUUUAACUGGGACCGCCUGGCAUCGUGGAUCAACCUUACUGAGACCUGGCCCUACAGGACUUCCUGGCUCAUCUUGUUCCUGGAGGAGACUGAAGGCAUCCCUGACCAGGCCGCCCUCAAGACUAUCUACGAGAGGAUCUCCAAGAACAUUCCGACCACUAAAGACGUGGAGCCCCUGUUGGAGAUUGAUGGGGAUGUGCGUAGCUUCGAGGUGUUCCUCUCCUCUCGGACACCUGUCCUCAAUGCGCGCGACAUCAAAACCUUCCUACCCUGCACCGUCAACCUCGACCCCAAAUUACGAGAGAUCAUCGCAGACGUGCGUGCUGCCAGGGAACAGAUGAGCAUCAGAGCGGUGACCUAUCCCAGCCUGCCCCUGCAGGAAGCCGCUCCCCGCCCCACCUCAGUCUACAGCCAGCAGUCAGGCAUGUCCGCCUGCUCCCCCUCCACCUCCUUCAACGGGCACUUCAACCCCCCAGGGCUGGUGUCCCCACCGCCCCACAGCAGCAACUACAGUGGUAUGGCUGGCCCCCAGCACCCCUUCUAUAACAGGCCAUAUUUUCCCCAUCAUGUUUACCAGCUGCCACGCCAGUAUGUGGGCAGUUUCCCUGUUCAUGCUCCUCCACCACGCCCAUUCCCACUUAAAAGUGGCUUUCCCCGGGAUCCGAGCAGUGGACUCUUUAAGGUACCGUCUUUGAAAAAGAAGCAGGGUUCAGCCUCGGUGGUGUCGGGGACCCCGGCCAUCCUCCUGAGCUCCAUGAACACAGACACAGUGUGUGAACGUGUCAAACAGAUCGAGGGUAUCGACCAGAGCAUGCUGGCCCAGUACACUGCCACCAUUAAGAAGGUGAGCAGAGAGAGAGAGAGAGAGAGAGAUCUCUACCAUUAGCCUCCUCUCUCUCUACCAUUAACCUCCUCUCUCUCUACUAUUAACCUCCUCUCUCUCUACUAUUAACCUCCUCUCUCUCUCUCUCUACCAUUAACCUCCUCUCUCUCUACCAUUAACCUCCUCUCUCUCUCUCUACCAUUAACCUCCUCUCUCUCUCUCUACCAUUAACCUCCACUCUCUCUCUCUCUACCAUUAACCUCUCUCGCUCUCUCUACCAUUAACCUCCACUCUCUCUCUCUCUCUCUCUCUCUCUCUCUCUCUCUACCAUUAACCUCUCUCUCUCUCUACCAUUAACCUCUCUCGCUCUCUCUACCAUUAACCUCUCUCGCUCUCUCUACCAUUAACCUCUCUCUCUCUACCAUUAACAUACUGUCUCCCUACCAUUAACCUCCUCUCUCUCUACCAUUAACCUCCUCUCUCUCUCUCUCUACCAUUAACCUCUCUCUCUCUACCAUUAACCUCACUCUCUCUCUCUACCAUUAACCUCCUCUCUCUCUCUACCAUUAACCUUCUCUCUCUCUCUCUACCAUUAACCUCCACUCUCUCUCUCUACCAUUAACCUCCACUCUCUCUACCAUUAACCUCCACUCUCUCUCUACCAUUAACCUCUACUCUCUCUCUCUACCAUUAACCUCCAACCUCUCUCUCUACCAUUAACCUCCACCCUCUCUCUCUACCAUUAACCUCCACUCUCUCUACCAUUAACCUCCACUCUCUCUCUCUACCAUUAACCUCCACCCUCUCUCUCUACCAUUAACCUCCACCCUCUCUCUCUACCAUUAACAUCCACCCUCUCUCUCUACCAUUAACCUCCACCCUCUCUCUAACAUUAACCUCCACUUUUUCUCUCUACCAUUAUCUCCACUCUCUCUCUACCAUUAACCUCCACCCUCUCUCUCUACCAUUAACCUCCACCCUCUCUCUCUACCAUUAACCUCCACUCUCUCUCUCUACCAUUAACCUCCACCCUCUCUCUACCAUUAACCUCCACUCUCUCUCUCUACCAUUAACCUCCACUCUCUCUCUCUACCAUUAACCUCCACUCUCUCUCUACCAUUAACCUCCACUCUCUCUCUCUACCAUUAACCUCCACUCUCUCUCUCUACCAUUAACAUCCUAUCUCUCUCUACCAUUAACAUCCUAUCUCUCUCUACCAUUAACCUCCACUCUCUCUCUCUACCAUUAACCUCCACUCUCUCUCUCUACCAUUAACCUCCACUCUCUCUCUCUACCAUUAACCUCCACUCUCUCUCUACCAUUAACCUCCACUCUCUCUCUCUACCAUUAACCUCCACUCUCUCUCUCUACCAUUAACCUCCACUCUCUCUCUACCAUUAACAUCCUAUCUCUCUCUCUACCAUUAACCUCCACUCUCUCUCUCUACCAUUAACAUCCUAUCUCUCUCUCUACCAUUAACCUCCUCUCUACCAUUAACCUCCUCUCUCUCUCUCUCUCUGCCAUUAACCUCUCUCUCUACCAUUAACCUCACUCUCUCUCUCUACCAUUAACCUCCUCUCUCUCUCUACCAUUAACCUUCUCUCUCUCUUUCUACCAUUAACCUCCACUCUCUCUCUCUACCAUUAACCUCCACCCUCUCUCUCUACCAUUAAUCUCCACUCUCUCUCUCUACCAUUAACCUCCUCUCUCUCUCUCUCCCAUUAACCUCCACUCUCUCUUUCUACCAUUAACCUCCACCCUCUCUCUCUACCAUUAACCUCCACCCUCUCUCUCUACCAUUAACAUCCACCCUCUCUCUCUACCAUUAACCUCCACCCUCUCUCUAACAUUAACCUCCACUUUUUCUCUCUACCAUUAUCUCCACACUCUCUCUACCAUUAACCUCCACCCUCUCUCUCUACCAUUAACCUCCACCCUCUCUACCAUUAACCUCCACUCUCUCUCUCUACCAUUAACCUCCACCCUCUCUCUCGCUCUCUCUACCAUUAACCUCCACUCUCUCUCUCUCUCUCUCUCUCUACCAUUAACCUCCACUCUCUCUCUCUCUCUACCAUUAACCUCUCUCUCUCUCUCUACCAUUAACAUCCUAUCUCUCUCUACCAUUAACCUCCACUCUCUCUCUCUACCAUUAACAUCCUAUCUCUCUCUCUACCAUUAACCUCCACUCUCUCUCUCUACCAUUAACCUCCACUCUCUCUACCAUUAACCUCCACUCUCUCUCUACCAUUAACCUCCACUCUCUCUCUACCAUUAACCUCCACUCUCUCUCUCUACCAUUAACCUCCACUCUCUCUCUCUACCAUUAACCUCCACUCUCUCUCUACCAUUAACCUCCACUCUCUCUCUACCAUUAACAUCCUAUGUCUCUCUCUACCAUUAACCUCCACUCGCUCUCUCUACCAUUAACAUCCUAUCUCUCUCUCUACCAUUAACCUCCUCUCUCUCUCUCUCUCUACCAUUAACCUCACUCUCUCUCUCUACCAUUAACCUCCUCUCCCUCUACCAUUAACCUCUCUCUCUCUCUACCAUUAACCUCCACUCUCUCUCUCUACCAUUAACCUCCACCCUCUCUCUCUACCAUUAACCUCCAAUCUCUCUACCAUUAACCUCCACUCUCUCUCUCUACCAUUAACCUCCACCCUCUCUCUCUACCAUUAACCUCCACCCUCUCUCUCUACGAUUAACAUCCACCCUCUCUCUCUACCAUUAACCUCCACCCUCUCUCUAACAUUAACCUCCACUUUUUCUCUCUACCAUUAUCUCCACUCUCUCUCUACCAUUAACCUCCACCCUCUCUCUCUACCAUUAACCUCCACCCUCUCUCUCUACCAUUAACCUCCACUCUCUCUCUCUACCAUUAACCUCCACCCUCUCUCUCUACCAUUAACCUCCACCCUCUCUCUCUACCAUUAACCUCCACCCUCUCUCUCUACCAUUAACCUCCACCCUCUCUCUCUACCAUUAACCUCCACCCUCUCUCUCUACCAUUAACCUCCACUCUCUCUCUCUACCAUUAACCUCCACUCUCUCUCUCUACCAUUAACCUCCACUCUCUCUCUCUACCAUUAACCUCCACUCUCUCUCUCUACCAUUAACCUCCACUCUCUCUCUCUACCAUUAACCUCCACUCUCUCUCUCUACCAUUAACAUCCUAUCUCUCUCUACCAUUAACCUCCACUCUCUCUCUCUACCAUUAACCUCCACUCUCUCUCUCUACCAUUAACAUCCUAUCUCUCUCUACCAUUAACCUCCACUCUCUCUCUCUACCAUUAACAUCCUAUCUCUCUCUCUACCAUUAACAUCCUAUCUCUCUCUACCAUUAACCUCCACUCUCUCUCUCUACCAUUAACCUCCACUCUCUCUCUCUACCAUUAACCUCCACUCUCUCUCUCUACCAUUAACCUCCACUCUCUCUCUACCAUUAACCUCCACUCUCUCUCUCUACCAUUAACCUCCACUCUCUCUCUACCAUUAACAUCCUAUCUCUCUCUCUCUACCAUUAACCUCCACUCUCUCUCUCUACCAUUAACAUCCUAUCUCUCUCUCUACCAUUAACCUCCACUCUCUACCAUUAACCUCCCCCCUCUCUCUCUCUACCAUUAACCUCCUCUCUCUCUCUACCAUUAACCUUCUCUCUCUCUCUCUACCAUUAACCUCCACUCUCUCUCUCUACCAUUAACCUCCACUCUCUCUACCAUUAACCUCCACUCUCUCUCUCUACCAUUAACCUCCACUCUCUCUCUACCAUUAACCUCUACUCUCUCUCUCUACCAUUAACCUCCACCCUCUCUCUCUACCAUUAACCUCCACCCUCUCUCUCUACCAUUAACCUCCACUCUCUCUACCAUUAACCUGCACUCUCUCUCUCUACCAUUAACCUCCACCCUUUCUCUCUACCAUUAACCUCCACCCUCUCUCUACCAUUAACCUCCACUCUCUCUCUCUAACAUUAACCUCCACUUUUUCUCUCUACCAUUAUCUCCACUCUCUCUCUACCAUUAACCUCCACCUUCUCUCUCUACCAUUAACCUCCACCCUCUCUCUCUACCAUUAACCUCCAACCUCUCUACCAUUAACCUCCACUCUCUCUCUCUACCAUUAACCUCCACUUUCUCUCUGCCAUUAACUCCUCUCUCUCUGCCAUUAACCUCCUCUCUCUCUCUACCAUUAACCUCCUCUCUCUACCAUUAACCUCCUCUCUCUCUACCAUUAACCUUCAUUCUCUCUCUACCAUUAACCUCCUCUCUCUCUCUACCAUUAAUCUCCACCCUCUCUCUCUACCAUUAACCUCCACUCUCUCUACCAUUAACCUCCACUCUCUCUCUCUACCAUUAACCUCCACCCUCUCUCUCUACCAUUAACCUCCACCCUCUCUCUCUACCAUUAACAUCCACCCUCUCUCUCUACCAUUAACCUCCACCCUCUCUCUAACAUUAACCUCCACUUUUUCUCUCUACCAUUAUCUCCACUCUCUCUACCAUUAACCUCCACCCUCUCUCUCUACCAUUAACCUCCACCCUCUCUCUCUACCAUUAACCUCCACUCUCUCUCUCUACCAUUAACCUCCACCCUCUCUCUACCAUUAACCUCCACUCUCUCUCUCUACCAUUAACCUCCACUCUCUCUCUCUACCAUUAACCUCCACUCUCUCUCUACCAUUAACCUCCACUCUCUCUCUACCAUUAACAUCCUAUCUCUCUCUCUACCAUUAACCUCCACUCUCUCUCUCUACCAUUAACAUCCUAUCUCUCUCUACCAUUAACAUCCUAUCUCUCUCUACCAUUAACCUCCACUCUCUCUCUCUACCAUUAACCUCCACUCUCUCUCUCUACCAUUAACAUCCUAUCUCUCUCUCUACCAUUAACAUCCUAUCUCUCUCUCUACCAUUAACCUCCACUCUCUCUCUCUACCAUUAACCUCCACUCUCUCUCUCUACCAUUAACCUCCACUCUCUCUCUACCAUUAACCUCCACUCUCUCUCUACCAUUAACCUCCACUCUCUCUCUCUACCAUUAACCUCCACUCUCUCUCUCUACCAUUAACCUCCACUCUCUCUCUACCAUUAACAUCCUAUCUCUCUCUCUACCAUUAACCUCCACUCUCUCUCUCUACCAUUAACAUCCUAUCUCUCUCUCUACCAUUAACCUCCUCUCUCUCUCUCUCUCUGCCAUUAACCUCUCUCUCUACCAUUAACCUCACUCUCUCUCUCUACCAUUAACCUCCUCUCUCUCUCUACCAUUAACCUUCUCUCUCUCUUUCUACCAUUAACCUCCACUCUCUCUCUCUACCAUUAACCUCCACCCUCUCUCUCUACCAUUAAUCUCCACUCUCUCUCUCUACCAUUAACCUCCUCUCUCUCUCUCUCCCAUUAACCUCCACUCUCUCUUUCUACCAUUAACCUCCACCCUCUCUCUCUACCAUUAACCUCCACCCUCUCUCUCUACCAUUAACAUCCACCCUCUCUCUCUACCAUUAACCUCCACCCUCUCUCUAACAUUAACCUCCACUUUUUCUCUCUACCAUUAUCUCCACACUCUCUCUACCAUUAACCUCCACCCUCUCUCUCUACCAUUAACCUCCACCCUCUCUACCAUUAACCUCCACUCUCUCUCUCUACCAUUAACCUCCACCCUCUCUCUCGCUCUCUCUACCAUUAACCUCCACUCUCUCUCUCUCUCUACCAUUAACCUCUCUCUCUCUCUCUACCAUUAACAUCCUAUCUCUCUCUACCAUUAACCUCCACUCUCUCUCUCUACCAUUAACAUCCUAUCUCUCUCUCUACCAUUAACCUCCACUCUCUCUCUCUACCAUUAACCUCCACUCUCUCUCUCUACCAUUAACCUCCACUCUCUCUCUACCAUUAACCUCCACUCUCUCUCUACCAUUAACCUCCACUCUCUCUCUCUACCAUUAACCUCCACUCUCUCUCUCUACCAUUAACCUCCACUCUCUCUCUCUACCAUUAACCUCCACUCUCUCUCUACCAUUAACAUCCUAUGUCUCUCUCUACCAUUAACCUCCACUCGCUCUCUCUACCAUUAACAUCCUAUCUCUCUCUCUACCAUUAACCUCCUCUCUCUCUCUCUCUCUACCAUUAACCUCACUCUCUCUCUCUACCAUUAACCUCCUCUCCCUCUACCAUUAACCUCUCUCUCUCUCUACCAUUAACCUCCACUCUCUCUCUCUACCAUUAACCUCCACCCUCUCUCUCUACCAUUAACCUCCAAUCUCUCUACCAUUAACCUCCACUCUCUCUCUCUACCAUUAACCUCCACCCUCUCUCUCUACCAUUAACCUCCACCCUCUCUCUCUACGAUUAACAUCCACCCUCUCUCUCUACCAUUAACCUCCACCCUCUCUCUAACAUUAACCUCCACUUUUUCUCUCUACCAUUAUCUCCACUCUCUCUCUACCAUUAACCUCCACCCUCUCUCUCUACCAUUAACCUCCACUCUCUCUCUACCAUUAACCUCCACUCUCUCUCUACCAUUAACCUCCACCCUCUCUCUCUACCAUUAACCUCCACCCUCUCUCUCUACCAUUAACCUCCACCCUCUCUCUCUACCAUUAACCUCCACCCUCUCUCUCUACCAUUAACCUCCACCCUCUCUCUCUACCAUUAACCUCCACUCUCUCUCUCUACCAUUAACCUCCACUCUCUCUCUCUACCAUUAACCUCCACUCUCUCUCUCUACCAUUAACCUCCACUCUCUCUCUCUACCAUUAACCUCCUCUCUCUCUCUACCAUUAACCUCCUCUCUCUCUACCAUUAACCUCCACUCUCUCUCUCUACCAUUAACAUCCUAUCUCUCUCUACCAUUAACCUCCACUCUCUCUCUCUACCAUUAACCUCCACUCUCUCUCUCUACCAUUAACAUCCUAUCUCUCUCUACCAUUAACCUCCACUCUCUCUCUCUACCAUUAACAUCCUAUCUCUCUCUCUACCAUUAACAUCCUAUCUCUCUCUACCAUUAACCUCCACUCUCUCUCUCUACCAUUAACCUCCACUCUCUCUCUCUACCAUUAACCUCCACUCUCUCUCUACCAUUAACCUCCACUCUCUCUCUCUACCAUUAACCUCCACUCUCUCUCUACCAUUAACAUCCUAUCUCUCUCUCUCUACCAUUAACCUCCACUCUCUCUCUCUACCAUUAACAUCCUAUCUCUCUCUCUACCAUUAACCUCCACUCUCUACCAUUAACCUCCACUCUCUCUCUACCAUUAACCUCCUCUCUCUCUCUACCAUUAACCUUCUCUCUCUCUCUCUACCAUUAACCUCCACUCUCUCUCUCUACCAUUAACCUCCACUCUCUCUACCAUUAACCUCCACUCUCUCUCUCUACCAUUAACCUCUACUCUCUCUCUCUACCAUUAACCUCCACCCUCUCUCUACCAUUAACCUCCACCCUCUCUCUCUACCAUUAACCUCCACUCUCUCUACCAUUAACCUCCACCCUCUCUCUCUACCAUUAACCUCCACCCUUUCUCUCUACCAUUAACCUCCACCCUCUCUCUACCAUUAACCUCCACUCUCUCUCUCUAACAUUAACCUCCACUUUUUCUCUCUACCAUUAUCUCCACCCUCUCUCUACCAUUAACCUCCACCUUCUCUCUCUACCAUUAACCCUCCACCCUCUCUCUCUACCAUUAACCUCCAACCUCUCUACCAUUAACCUCUGCUCUCUCUCUCUACCAUUAACCUCCACCUUCUCUCUCUACCAUUAACCUCCACCCUCUCUCUCUACCAUUAACCUCCACUUUCUCUCUGCCAUUAACUCCUCUCUCUCUCUGCCAUUAACCUCCUCUCUCUCUCUACCAUUAACCUCCUCUCUCUACCAUUAACCUCCUCUCUCUCUACCAUUAACCUUCAUUCUCUCUCUACCAUUAACCUCCUCUCUCUCUCUACCAUUAAUCUCCACUCUCUCUCUCUACCAUUAACAUCCUAUCUCUCUCUCUACCAUAAACUCCACUCUCUCUCUACCAUGAACCUCCACUCUCUCUCUCUACCAUUAACAUCCUAUCUCUCUCUCUACCAUUAACCUCCACUCUCUCUCUCUACCAUUAACAUCCUAUCUCUCUCUACCAUAAACUCCACCCUCUCUCUCUACCAUUAACCUCCUCUCUCUCUCUCUCUCUCUCUCUCUACCAUUAACAUCCUUUCUCUCUCUCUACCAUUAACAUCCUAUCUCUCUCUCUACCAUUAACCUCCACUCUCUCUCUCUACCAUUAACCUCCACUCUCUCUCUACCAUUAACCUCCACUCUCUCUCUCUCUACCAUUAACCUCCACUUUCUCUCUACCAUUAACCUCCACUUUCUCUCUACCAUUAACCUCCUCUCUCUCUCUACCAUUAACCUCCUCUCUCUCUCUACCAUUAACCUCCUCUCUCUCUACCAUUAACCUUCAUUCUCUCUCUACCAUUAACCUCCUCUCUCUCUCUACUAUUAACAUCCUCUCU